CAAGGUCUUCAGGGACACAGCCUCACAUAGGAGUAAGGCUUUCCUACGCUGUGGAGGGUUCUAGGGGCUUUAUUAGAGUCUGCUCCUCCCUCUUUUCCCAGCCUGGGUCUCUCUUUACAGACAACUUGCUUGGCAGAGACCCGAAAAUAAAUCUUGGGUCUCUAGAGAUCUACAAACUGGUGGGAACGGAAUGUUUUGGUUCCUAGAAUGGGCGGUACAACAGUAAAUCUGUUUCCUGCGGGUAACUUGACCAGCUUGGCCCCGUGAUCUUUGACUAUUGCUCUUUCUAUAAAAUAGGCAAAGAAGAGUUCUCAAUCGUCUCUUAAGAUGUAACGGGGGAAAAAAAAGAUGACACGGCAUGGCAAAAACUGCACUGCGGGGGCUGUCUACACCUACCACGAAAAGAAGAAGGACACAGCGGCCUCUGGCUAUGGGACCCAGAACAUUAGGCUAAGCCGGGAUGCCGUGAAGGACUUCGACUGCUGCUGUCUUUCUCUGCAGCCCUGCCAUGAUCCUGUGGUCACCCCAGAUGGCUACCUGUACGAACGGGAGGCGAUCCUGGAGUACAUCCUACACCAGAAGAAGGAGAUUGCCCGGCAGAUGAAGGCCUAUGAGAAGCAGCGAGGAGCCCGGAGGGAAGAGCAGAAAGAGCUGCAACGAGCUGCAGCCCAGGACCAAGUCCGAGGCUUCCUGGAGAAGGAGGCAGCCAUCGUGAGCCGGCCCCUCAACCCCUUCAUGCCCAAGGCUGCCGCCGUGCCCAGUACAGAUGGUGAGCAGCCAGGGCCCAGUGCGGGUCCCCUAGGCAAGGACAAGGACAAAGCGCUGCCCAGCUUCUGGAUCCCCUCACUGACCCCCGAGGCCAAGGCCACCAAGCUGGAGAAGCCGUCCCGCACCGUGACCUGCCCGAUGUCUGGGAAGCCCCUGCGCAUGUCGGACCUGACGCCGGUGCGCUUCACGCAGCUGGACGGCUCUGUGGACCGCGUGGGGCUCAUCACACGCAGUGAGCGCUACGUGUGCGCGGUGACCCGAGAUAGCCUGAGCAACGCCACGCCGUGUGCCGUGCUGCGGCCCUCCGGGGCCGUGGUCACCCUGGAGUGCGUCGAGAAGUUGAUCCGGAAGGACAUGGUGGACCCCGUGAACGGGGAGACGCUGACGGAGCGGGACAUUAUCGUGCUGCAGCGGGGCGGUACAGGCUUUGCAGGCUCCGGAGUGAAGCUGCAGGCGGAAAUGUCCAGGCCAGUGAUGCAGGCGUGAGCUGUGACGGAAUAAACCUGCCUAUGAGCAAACUGUA